GCCAUUUUCCUCCUCUACACCGGCGCUCUCGUUGGCAGCUACCUCGUCGUCCCCUCACAGCGUUUUAACCUGUCCAGAGGUGACGGUGGGAUAAGGGCAAAUCCCCAGAGAGACAAAUAGUCUUGCCUUCUAGCUUUAUAUCCACCACAGAAGUGCGAACAUGUCUUCUGAGGAGAGCCCCGAGUACUCGCCUUUCUUCGCGGUGAUGGGAGCCUCUGCGGCCAUGGUCUUCAGCGCAUUAGGAGCAGCAUAUGGGACAGCGAAGAGCGGCACAGGCAUCGCAGCCAUGUCGGUGAUGCGGCCAGAGCUCAUCAUGAAGUCCAUCAUCCCUGUGGUCAUGGCUGGUAUCAUCGCCAUCUAUGGGCUGGUGGUAGCUGUGCUGAUAGCAAAUAACAUCUCUGAGAGAGUCACUCUUUACAAGAGCUUCCUGCAUCUCGGCGCUGGUCUGAGCGUGGGCUUGAGCGGUCUGGCAGCCGGAUUUGCCAUUGGUAUCGUGGGCGAUGCCGGCGUGAGAGGCACUGCCCAGCAGCCCCGGCUUUUCGUGGGCAUGAUCCUGAUCCUGAUUUUCGCAGAGGUGCUGGGGCUUUACGGUCUCAUCGUGGCCCUCAUCCUAUCUACAAAAUAAGUGUCUCCAUCAAACACCAUCUCAUUCAUUCCACAUCAAAGCAGCAAGAACAAAUAGGAGAUUUUCACCUUCUUCAUGACACCCUGUGGGUCUGACAGGAUGAGAUGGCAGCAGAAAUAUGUCGGCGGUCAACUUUGACAGCUCUGCCCUCAGUAGAUCUAUUCCAUAUUGUUUCAAGCCAUCCAGUUGUGUCAGGUCUUGUGUGUGUACAGAAUGGGCAUGAACAUGUACUGUUUGUUGUGAGAUGACGUGUGGACAGUCCGCCUGAUAUAUUGUCUAAUCUUAAAACUGUACAGUGAUCCAGAGUCCUCCCACCCCCAGUAUCUGUAGUAACCAGUCUGUGCUGUGAGUGUGAAUAUCAACGUUUACCCCUCUGCCCACUCCCCCUCCUUUUUGUCUUUUGUUGGUGGUUUUUAAUUGUCAUUUAAUUGUUUUGAGACUGCUGAAAAAAUGUGCACACUAGUAUUUUAUUUUUUUCACUUUCUUUUCGGGGACCAUUUAUGAAUCAGUUUUUUUUUUUUCACUAUUUAUGAAGAGAUAUAAAGACUUUGAAACUGUCUACAUGGAAAACUGUUUAUUGAAUACCCUAUAUACAUACAAAUAUAUAAAUGAUCUGUGUAUAGUUAGAUGAAUUGCACUGUGGGUAAUUGUUCUAAGUGCUCGGAUUUCCUCUGGAUAUAGUGUGAUUAUUAUUGGAGGAUGUUCACAUGAAGAUAGUGUGCGUGCGUGUGUGUAUGUGUGUGUGAGUGAUUUGAGUACAUAAUAUCCACCAGUGGAUUUAUGUUUAAUAUGACAUUCUCAGACACUAGUAUCGUUUACCUGUAGUGCUGCUGUCUUUUUUUUUUUUUCUUUUUUUUUCUUUUGUUGUUGUUUGUUUAAAGUGAGAGCUCACUGUUCAGCCAUGCCUGUCAGAUUUCCAAAUAAAGCUCAACCUCCUCCAGAA